CCGAUAGAAACACGAGGAAUUCCACCACAGUUUGUUAAUUGCAUACCUUGAUAAAUACAAAGUGUUCAUUUAAAAAGAUGAAUGAAGAAUAGAUGAAGAUAAGAAUAUCGUUCCUUGCCAUUGCAUUUAUAUCCAUAACUACUUAUAAUGUGACAGAGGCGACAUGUGCUGCAAAUGAGUUUCAGUGCGAUGACGGAGCUUGUAUUCAAUCUGUUUAUAGAUGUGACGAUAGCUUUGAAUGUACUGACCGUUCUGACGAAUUAAACUGUGUAGUUGCACCACACUGUGUGGAGGGAUUACAAAGAUGCAUUCAGGGGAAUGUGUUGCUGACAUCACCGAUUGCCCUUUGGAAACAUCCGAAAUACAGACAUCAACAGCAGGAUCACAAGAACAACCAUCAGAUGACUCUUUUCCUCCUUGGAUAAUAGGCGUUAUCGUUAGUGUUUUUGUACUGAUGUGUAUUGUGGUGGUGUUAGUAGUUUUAUAUAUUAGAAAGCCGGGAUCAGUUGCUCCUACAACUUUCAGCGAUAGUUGAAAAGACUUACAAAAUGAUUAUUGUUGAUAUGUGAUUUUAGUUUGUCAGCGGUACUGACUUAGUUGUUAAAGAUUUUAUGUUGCUAUUGAUUAUUUAUUUUUAUUACAAAUUGUGGUUGACUU